AACACCACGAAGGGUUUUAAAUCUGUACUAUUUAAAGGAUAUUCCCUCAGAGUUCCUAUUAUACCUCAUUAUAUUGCUGUGUUAUGUUUCAGCACUCCUCCCAAAGCCCAGCAUCUCCAUGAAUCCUGCAGUUGAGGUUACCUGUGGUCAGGACGUCAGUAUCACUUGUUCUGUCAUAACUCAAACUCAGCAGCUUUUAAAUCCAACAUUUAUUUUAAAGAAGGCUUCAAGUUCAGUUGGAGAGAAACAAACGCCAAGGACCAACUCUGCCACCUUCAGCGUGCCUGAAGUCAACUUUGACAACGAAGGAUCAUACCAGUGUCACUAUAAGAUAACAGUCGCAGGUCAAGACUUCAACUCCUCAAGUGACUCUGUCAGACUCUCUGUUACUGUGAGCCUCCCAAAACCCAGCAUAUCCAUGACUCCUGAUGGUGAGGUGAUCUGGGGCCAAGACGCUGGCAUCACUUGUUUGAUCUCAACUCAGGUUUUAGGUGGGACAUUCAUCCUGCAGCACUCCUCAGGCUCAUCCAGAAAGACAGUAACAGGUACCAACUCUGCUACCUUCAACAUUGACCAAGUGGACUUUCACAAUGAAGGAUUGUACCAGUGUUGGUAUCAGAGAAGGAGUUCAAGUCAAGACUUCAUCUCACCCAAAGGGAACUUUGUCAGACUCUUUAUUUCUGCGCCGCUGCAGCAGCCCAACAUCUCCUUAACAUCUCCUAACAGAGGGCUGGUCUGGGGCCCUGAAGGUGCACAGAUAACGAGGGGGUUCAGCUUUGUCUUAACCUGCUCCACUCCCUCCCAUUAUCUUGGAGGUGUUUUCUAUCUCAUCUUCUCUGGUUCAGAGCUGACCCACACAGAGCCAGCGGUCAACCAUUCAGCCUCCUUUUCCUUCCCGGUGGCUGAGUAUGAACACCAGGGCAACUACAGCUGUGUGUUUGAAGUCAAACUUUCCUCGAGAAGAUUCACUUCUCCACAGACAGCACCAAUUAGUGUCAUCAUUCAAAUGCAUUUGUUGCCACUGGUCUCUUCAGUAGCUGCUGGGGGUCUGCUGCUGCUCCUACUGGUCUUGGUGGUGGUCUGCCUGGCUUGCAGGAGAAGACGACAAGCCAAGCACACUGGAGCCCUCGUCCAAACUCAAUUGGCUGUCCGAGGCAGGAAUGAAUACGAAAAUAACGAGUAUCAGGACGACGAGGCUGACUAUGAAAAUGUUGAUCCAAUGGACACCAGGAACAAUAUCAAAGAGGAAACAAGGAAGGGGGAGGAAGAGGAGACCAAUGAUUAUGUGGAGCCAGAGAGUGAUGAAGAAGCGGGCCCAAGGGUAAGUAUUAUAAAGACCAACGAGGUAUGUUUAACUGUAGAGGAAAACGGUGAAGAAGAAGAAGAAGAGGAAGAAGACAAGAACGAGGAUGACUAUGAAUAUGUAACCAAACCAGUAGAUGGAGACACUUUGGACAUUUAUGGAGAAGAGGAUAUUUAUUAAAACUUUUAAGGUGUCCAAUGAUCAACAGUGUCACAGUGGUUAUCGUGGAUGAAGCACCCACUGCGAAGGAUUUAAAUUACGUGCUUUCUUUUCUGGAGAUCGGCCAAUUUGGUCAAGACCAAAAAGUAUUUACAUUGUAGCAUUCUUCCGCUGUUUCAGUUCCUUUUCAAACCAGACACUUUGCUCUGGUGCAAAUCCGCUGAUGAGUUUGUGAAAUGAAACAAAAUGCAGCAACACAAGUCACAUAACAACAUUCAAAACAUGGGGCCAGAUGUGUCAUGAACACAUUUUAGUCCUUCCAGGAUUUUGCAAUGUCACAAUGGCAACACACAUAUUUAACCAUUAACUCCCAAUUUUGACCAACCAAUGCAACUUUACCGCA